AAUAGCACAUCAUAAUUCUACUAUCCCUUAUGUGUACCUUCCUCACACACCGGCCGUCCUCGCCUCCACAGCCUCCGGCUUCACGCCGCUAAGAUGUAUACUAGGGAGAAACACCGUAAGUCCGUCAUUAGGAUGGACCCGGAUUGUGCUAUCUGCCAUGCCCCUGCUACUCACUCAUGUGAUUGCGAGGCUAAGGGGCUUGAGGCUGCAGUCCAGCAAGCAGAGCUCCGGAUGAUGGAAUCAGUUUACACUGAGAUACGCACUUGGGUUCGGGCACAUGCUCAGGACUAUAUACUCGAGUAUUUUCGACUGCUAACAGAGCGGCGGAAGGCUGCGCAUAACGAUCACGUAGAACGGCUAACAGCCUCUGCUUAUCACUAUUACCACUCACCUCCUCACCCAAAUGAGCUUCAGGCGGCUCAGGCGGCUCUUAAGCGAGGCAUCGACGAAGAUUGGCAGUCUAGUGUUCAACGGUACCCAGAGGUACUAGAGUAUUUUUUUGGCUUAGUCGAGAUGAACCUUCCCGCAGAAGACGACCCUGCCGUCAAAGAUCCGCCACUAAGUGCAAUGAAUGGGAGGAAGACGCAUAGACGGAGCUCAACCGUAGCCCCAGGGAGUGCACAUGAGAGAGCACGUAGUAGAAGGACGCCGCCACCCCCAGCUCUCGAAAGAAGAACGCCUGCUCCCCCCCCCAUGCAUGUUAUCAGCGGGAAUCCUAUGGCACCCGCCCCGCGGUCAACAAGGCGGCAGGGUGGAUUCCGGCCGCCGACGGCGCCACCUCAAAGUUUCUAUGGCUACUGAAUGGAUGACUGAAGACAUCCGGUUGAAAAGCACCAUUCCAACGUGGAGCACAUUAUUCAUUUUCCGGUUCAGCGGUUUAGUUGAACCUACCAACUUAUCCUCACUUGGGGGUUUUCAAAGAAUGUUGGACAGCAACUUUUAAGCCUUCAUGUUUCAGUUCUCGCGCGACACUACCGCUAAGCUUUUACCAUCAUAUCUCAGAUGACAACAGGAUGGUAUACCACGAGACGACGACUAUAUGAGUCAACGACCACGUUCUACAAUGCAUUCAGGAGCUUGCUGAGAGGCAAUUUCGGCUUAGGUCCAUGAUUACUCUGCAUAGCGCCGGUAUCGUUAUCUUUUGGUGCCGUUUUCCCGGGUUCUUUCAAUUACUGCCCUAACUUGCAGGGCCCAGAAGGUGAGCCGCUGGAUCAUGUAUCCCACUAGGUCUAGACGGUGAUGCGGCUAUUUACUACUAUUUCGAAUUUGGUUACACUCAGAUUGCGGUAAUGGCGUAUGGAGUUUCAAAGCAUUAAUUCAGACAUUGGAGGAACGAAAGAAAGCAAGGCUCAUCACAACCAAGUUGUUUCAUUUUCGAAUAUACCAGCCCAGGUGGGGAAGUAAUAUGCUCUACCUGAAGAGAGAUGAUCAGAAUCAAUCGAGGCGUACGGCUGCCGCUGCUA